AUGGUAACAAUCGAUGCUGAUAAUCGACGAGAAAUUGCUCGAUUACCAUCAAGACCCAUUCCACUUGAAGAUCGUUAUGAUCCUCCAGCUAAUUUUCUUGAAAUUGAAACAAAUUUACCAGUAUUUCAUUUAAAAGAAUGUUCUGUACGUCGCCGUUAUUCAGAUUUUGAAUGGUUACAUAGAGAACUUGAACAAGAUAGUAAAAUUGUUGUUCCAUCAUUGUCAAGUACCUGCAUUUCUUCGUCGUGA